GGGGGGCGGAGGCUCCGUGGAAAUGUGUCGGUGACAUUGAAUGGGGAGACCGAGCGCGAGCGAGGCGCGCGCGCGCGCAUACACGCGCACACCCGGCCCCGCUAGCUCCGAGAUCCCCGGCCACGUAAGUAACUAUUAAUACCGCCUCGCCGGGAGAUGCGGGCGUGCUGAGCUCGGGGAUUGGCCUCGGGCACCGUCGGCCGUCCCCUUCAAUUUUAAAUACACAUUCCUCUUACCUCGGAGGGGGAAAGAAACAGAUCAAAGGAGAGGAAGAAAAGCCGUCAAUUUUCUCCAAAAAAAAAUCAAGCCGGCCAGGCAAUCGGGUUUAGGGGAAGGGGCGACGGAGUGGUUGCAAAUUCUUGCGAGGCAGGAUCCAGCUCUCCAGCGGGAAAGGAAGGCGGCGGCUUAGGAGGGCCGGGGGCGCAUCCCCUUGCAGCGCCCGGAGGACCCCCGGAAGCUCGCGCCGGGGAAGUCGGAGACCACCGAUCUGCCCGGCCCCUGCCCGCACUUCUCCCUUCAUUCGGAGGACGACCAGGAGCGCGAGCGAGCGGCGACAGCAUGAGCCUGUGCUGACCUCCGCCCCGCCGGCCGAGCCCCGGGCUUUGUGGCGGUACCUGCUCCCGGCCCGCGCCGCAACUCCGCGCCCAGCUUUUGCAAUCUUUUGUUGGCAGCGCUGACUGCUCCAAGUUAAAUGCUUUUUUUUUUUUUUUUUUUUGUCUGUUUGUUUAAUUUUGGGAAGAGCUCUUGCGAUCUUGGAAAAGCCUCAGACGCCAUCUACAGUUAAAUCGUAGGUAACUACCCUCUCCGACACCCCCCCCUUCCACGCCCCCCACCCUUUCCACCAAAAAGGGGGUGCAGCGCCGAUUCCGUCUGCCGAGCGGCGCGAGCCGGGAGACGCGUGCUGAUCUCCUUUCUCCUUUUUGUCGGGUCGCUUGACGCGCGGACACCAAGCCGCAGCCGUGCGCCCGGCGAGGACGCGCCCGCUGGAGCAAGGGCUCCGCCGCCUGGUCUGCGAGUCCGAAGCCUGCGCGGGGACCACUCCGGGGGACCCGGCGCCGCGGCUGCCACCUGAGCAACCCGGCCCCUCCGCUGGACCCACGUCGCAAAGAGAGGGAGAGAGACAGAAAGUAAAAGUGCGGGCAUUCUGCACCUCGCCGACCGCUUCGGGGUAACAAAAGGACCGAAGCUGCCGCCGACCGAGUACCCGCGGGAGCCGGGCUCGGAGCAGACCAGGUGCCCGGCGGCGCCCGCUUGGGGGAUUCUAGCUCGUUCUCCACGUAGCCCCCUUCCCGUCCCCUCCCCUCACGUCCCCCUUUAAAAUCUGCGGCACGGAGGGGCCCGCAGCCGCGCUCGCCAGCGACUCAUCGCUCCGGAGGGUUUUUUGUUGUUGGUCGUGUGCGAUCCCACACUCAUGAACAUACACAGGUCCACCCCCAUCACAAUAGCGAGAUAUGGGAGAUCGCGGAACAAAACCCAGGAUUUCGAGGAGUUGUCGUCUCUAAGGUCCGCCGAGCCCAGCCAGAGUUUCAGCCCGAACCUCGGCUCCCCGAGUCCGCCCGAGACUCCGAACUUGUCGCAUUGCGUUUCUUGCAUCGGGAAAUACUUAUUGUUGGAACCUCUGGAGGGAGACCACGUUUUACGCGCGGUGCAUCUGCACAGUGGAGAGGAGCUCGUGUGCAAGGUGUUUGAUAUCGGCUGCUAUCAGGAGUCCCUGGCCCCGUGCUUCUGCCUGUCUGCUCACAGCAACAUCAACCAAAUCACCGAAAUUAUCCUGGGGGAGACCAAAGCCUACGUGUUCUUCGAGCGAAGCUAUGGGGACAUGCACUCCUUUGUCCGAACCUGCAAGAAGCUGAGGGAGGAGGAGGCAGCCAGACUGUUCUACCAGAUCGCCUCGGCGGUGGCUCACUGCCAUGACGGGGGGCUGGUGCUACGCGACCUCAAGCUGCGGAAAUUCAUCUUUAAGGACGAAGAGAGGACCCGAGUCAAGCUGGAGAGCCUGGAGGACGCGUACAUUCUGCGGGGGAACGAUGACUCUCUCUCCGACAAGCACGGCUGCCCGGCUUACGUGAGCCCGGAGAUCCUGAACACCAGCGGCAGCUACUCGGGCAAAGCGGCCGACGUGUGGAGCCUGGGAGUGAUGCUGUACACCAUGCUGGUCGGGCGGUACCCUUUCCAUGACAUUGAGCCCAGUUCCCUCUUCAGCAAGAUCCGGCGUGGCCAGUUCAACAUUCCAGAGACUCUGUCUCCCAAGGCCAAGUGCCUCAUCCGAAGCAUCCUUAGGCGGGAGCCGUCGGAGCGGCUGACCUCACAGGAAAUUCUGGGCCACCCUUGGUUUUCUACAGAUUUUAGCGUCUCGAAUUCAGGAUAUGGUGCUAAGGAAGUGUCUGAUCAGCUGGUGCCGGAUGUCAACAUGGAGGAGAACUUGGACCCUUUCUUUAACUGAGCUCACACCCCACGGAGACUGAGCAGGUGCCAGGAGCGAGAGAGGGCAGCGGAAACGAGUUCGUCCAGGGAACACACGUCCCCUGGCUUGGUAGCAAGAAAGACACUGACCACUCACAAGUUUCUUGGUUCGAAGAAGGAAAACCUUCAAGGAGCUGACUGAACAUGUAGCAUGGGGGGCAGGAGAUGUGGGGUGGGCGUCGGGCUCUGGGGUCGGGUCGGAUGGGUGGGACCCCCCUGGAGCUUCUCUUCCCUGAUGGAUGGAGCCCCAGAGGCCACCGCUGUUGGUUGGGCCACUUCCGCCUACCCCACUUUUCAUUUUGUUCAAAAAACAGUUGUAGAUCCUGACAGAAUCGAAACACUCUGCCUCAAACACACAUCUUGGCAUUGCACUGUUAGCAUUUAGCUUCUCGUCAUGAUUCAGGGAAGGUACAAUUGGCCAAGGGUUUUCGUUUUUGUUUUUGUUUUUUGUUUUCUUUUUCAAACAAGCCAACCACCUAUCUGAUAAUUAUCGGGGUUCACUUAAAAAAAAAAUUCGGUGCACACAGACUGACAUGAAACCUGGGUGCUAAACUAAAAGAAAAUAAAAGUCCAGUUUGUGUCUCUUAAUUGCUCUCUGCAACUCAUUUCUUCUAAACAAACUAUUUAAUAUCCUG